UAUUGCCCCAUAUCGCAACGACGUGUCGCACACGAUAUUAAUACUUAAUAACAUAAUCUUUCAAACUAUCGUACAAGUAAAUUGGUGUUAUCUAAAGUUAAUUAUGAACUAUAUAAUUUGGACUUCAGUUGAGUGAAAUGUUUACAAGUUUUGCUGAGUUAAAGUGGUCUACAUACUUAGUUUUGGAAAUGGUGAUAUCGACCCACGGGGAGUGUUUAUGAGACAUUACACUAUGGAAAAAAUGUUCGUGAAUAUGUACCCUGUGACGUUUGUGUUUUUUGUGGUGUUACACCUUGGAUUGGCCAUAUUUACACACGGAUCGGAUAAAUGUGUGCAUGUAAAUGAGAGAGACUUUGAUAGUAGCGUCUUGUGUAAAAUACGCACUCUAGAUGUUGACGGAAGUAGCAUUAUCACAGCGUCUUACGAUGUACCGCGAUUAGCUAUCGAAUGCAAUCAUUUGCUUUUCUUCGAAAGCACCUUAAGAUCGCAUUAUUUUAGCUCUUUGGGAAGUCUCACAGAACUAUCUAUCAGCAACUGCAAACUUCUUCAGAUACCAAACAACACUUUCCACGACUUAAAGAGACUAAAAAAGUUAAAAGUAAGAUCAAAGAACUUUGAGUGGAGCUCUACUAAGAAUCUAGAGCUAUCUUUAAACUCUUUCAAUGGAUUAUCGGAAUUGCAGUCACUGGAUCUGGCUCAAAAUAAUAUCAAGUUCGUUCCUUCCGGCGUAUUCUGUUCUUUGGAAAACUUGAAUACGUUAAAUUUGACGAAUAAUAGAAUAAGAACUGUUGGACAAAUAGGAUUCGGGGAAGGAUGUGGUUCUAAUAUUCAUAAUCUUGACUUGAGUCAUAAUGAAAUAAAGUCGUUGCCAGCAGAUACAGAACUAUUUAAAUUAAGAAGUUUGCAACAUUUGUAUCUACAGCAUAACAAUAUCACAGACAUAUCAAGUGAAGCUUUCAACGGCCUUGUGUCUAUGAGAGUCCUGAACAUAUCACAUAAUCGUUUACAUACAUUACCUGAAGGCCUCUUCGCCAACGUUAGAGAGUUGAGAGAAAUUUAUUUGAAUGAUAACUCACUAUACCAACUAGCAAAUGGAAUUUUUCAUCGUCUUGAACAACUUAUAGUUUUGGAUAUAUCAAGCAAUCAACUUACCAGUAAUCAUGUUGAUGAUGGCACUUUUCUCGGUCUGAUUCGGCUCAUAGUUUUAAAUUUAUCAAACAAUGCUCUAACCAGACUUGACGGGAAAACUUUUAAAGAUUUGUUUUUCUUACAAAUAUUGAAUUUGAAAAAUAACUCAAUUGGAUACAUAGAAGACAAUGCUUUUCUGCCUUUAUAUAACCUCAAUACUUUGAACCUAGCCGAGAAUCGUCUUCAUACAAUAGAUGAGAAUUUAUUCAAUGGUUUAUUUGUUCUGAGUAAAUUAACUCUCAACAAUAAUUUACUCGUCAAUAUUGAUCAAAAGGCUUUUAAAAAUUGUUCCGAUCUCAAGGAGCUGGAUCUCAGUUCAAACCAAUUAUUGGAAGUGCCGGAUGCUUUGUGGGAGUUGCCAUUAUUGAAAACUUUAGACUUGGGAGAGAAUCAGAUAUCCACUUUUAGAAAUGGUUCAUUCAAGAAUUUAAACCAAUUAACGGGAUUACGACUGAUCGAUAAUCAGAUUGGCAAUUUGACUGUUGGCAUGUUCUGGGAUUUGCCAAGCUUACAAGUGCUGAACAUUGCAAAAAACAAAAUUCAAUUAAUUGAAAGAGGUACUUUUGCAAGAAACGCUCAAUUGGAAGCCAUACGAUUGGACGGAAAUUAUUUAACAGAUAUCAACGGUGUAUUUUCAACACUGGCCAGUCUUUUGUGGCUCAACCUAUCGGAAAAUCAUCUUGUGUGGUUCGAUUACGCGUUUGUGCCUAGUAAUUUAAAGUGGUUAGAUAUUCAUGGUAAUUUUAUUGAACAUUUAGGUAAUUAUUACAAAUUACAAGAUCAAAUCCAUAUAAAGACAUUAGAUGUUAGUCACAAUCGUAUAAUAGAAAUAUCUUCAAUGGCCAUUCCAAAUAGUGUCGAAUUACUUUUUAUCAACAAUAACUUUUUAAGCAAUAUUCAUGUGAAUACAUUUUUCGAUAAAAAGAACUUAACGCGAGUGGAUAUGUAUGCCAAUGAUAUAGUGCAUUUGGAGUUAAACAGUUUACGUUUAUCAACAGUGCCCGGUAACAGAAGUUUGCCGGAGUUCUACAUAGGCGGUAACCCGUUUCAAUGUGACUGUAAUAUGGAGUGGCUACCGAUUAUAAAUAACAUGACCGCAAUGAGACAGUAUCCGCGUGUGAUGGAUCUUGAAAAUGUGAUGUGUAAGAUGAAAAAUACUCGCAGUGGUACUUAUAUACCUUUACCUAAUCUUAAGACCUCGGAUUUUUUGUGUGAGUACGAAACUCAUUGUUUUGCUAUAUGUCAUUGUUGUGAUUAUGAUGCGUGUGACUGUGAAAUGACCUGCCCGCAGAAUUGCACUUGCUACCACGAUCCGUUAUGGAAUACUAAUGUUGUAGAUUGCUCGGGUCAGCUAUCACUUGAAAUUCCAAAUAAGAUACCUAUGGAUGCCACUGAGGUGUUUCUUGAUGGAAACAAUAUCAAAGAACUUCAAAAUCAUGUUUUUAUAGGCAGACAAAAAAUGCGAUCGCUAUAUGUUAAUAACAGUAAUAUAGAUGGUAUUCAAAAUUUGACAUUUUCCGGGCUUAAUGCUUUGGAAAUAUUACACUUAGGUAAUAAUAAGCUGAAAGUGAUUAAUGGCUUUGAAUUCCAACAACUAAUUAGUUUAAAAGAAUUGUUUCUUCAAAAUAAUCUCAUAAGUCAUAUCGCAAACAUAUCAUUUUUGUCGUUAAAAUCUUUAGAAAUAUUACGUCUUGAUGGAAAUAGAUUAGUUGAUUUUGGUGUAUGGAUAUUUAGUAAUAAUGUAAAUUUAAAAGCUUUAUCUCUUGGUAACAAUCUUUGGUCGUGCAAAUGUCGAUAUAUGCAAGAACUUACCUCGUAUUUAGCUGAGAACGCACAAAAAAUAGUUGACUUAACCGACGUAUGGUGUUGGAACGGCGACGCGAAGCCGCCACAGAAAAAAGAACUUAAUUUAAACGGUACUGCCUGCAGCGAUUAUUACGCUGAUAAUUCAGUCAUCGGAAAUGUGUUGGUAUCAAACUAUGUUCCCAUGAUGGUCUCGACUCUUACCGGUUUUAUGUUAAUUUUAUUAGCCCUUGUCGUACUAUUUCUAUUUAGAGACUCACUCAGAGUUUGGUUGUAUACGAAUUGUGGCAUUCGAGUGUUUGCGAUUAAUAGUUCUUUCGAGGAAAGUGAAAAGCUGUAUGAUGCGUAUGUAUGCUACAGCCCCAAAGAUGAAGAGUUCGUUAUUCAGUCAUUAGCAAAUGAACUGGAGAAUGGCAAUCCCUCGUUUCAGCUGUGUCUUCAUUAUAGGGACAUUCCACACCACGGAGCACAAUAUAUGCAAUGUGCGCCGCCGGUGGUCGAGGCAGCGGAAGCAUCCAAACGUAUUAUUCUGGUGCUAACGAGAAACUUUAUGCAAACAGAGUGGUCUCGGUAUGAGUUCCGACAAGGGCUACAUGAAGCAUUGAAAGGAAACAUUUAUAAAUUAGUACUAAUAGAAGAAUGCUCAGUUAUUGCGGAUGCAAUGUGCGACCCAGAUUUACGGCCGUACCUUAAAACUGGUUAUCGUUUAAGAUGGGGACAAAAAAGAUUUUGGGAAAGGCUUAGGUACAUGAUGCCUGAUGAGUCGCUUCCGAACCACAAAACUAGAUCGCAUAGUUAUAGAAAGAAUAUCAAUACGUAUACAUUAGAUUCUUCCGUGCCCAGUAGUGGUAACCGAACAUUGCCAUAUCCUGAUAAAUCGCCUGUGCUUGGUGGACAAAGUGCGACAGCUCCUCCUGAUUACAGCACAGAAGUUAGGCAAUCGCCGUCUGCUAUACGUCAAACUCAAGGAGUAGCGUAUGGUCCUGAUGGGCGUCCAAUAUCAGAUCAUAUUUAUUCCUCCAUAGAUUCCGAUUACUCCUCAUUAGAGCAAGGUAUGGCACCAGGACGGAGAAGAGAUCAUCGCCAAUGGCCUCCUCCACCCCCCCUAGUAGACACGGGUAACUCCGUGCAAGCAUACCUAGUCUAGACCGACAAAUAACAGGUCAUUUCCAGUCACUAUGUAAAUAUCUAGUUUGUAAGCGACCAUUGUAAAUAUUGUAAUUAUUCGUUCAUAAGUGCUAAACCAAAAUUAUUUAAAUGAACCUAUUUUCGCCUGUUUGUUAUUCUAUGCAUAUUAGGUUUCGAAUUAAAUUUUUUAAAGACUGCUGUAGUAUAUUGUAAUAUUGUAAAUAGCGAAAGUGAUGAAUCUAUAUGGAUAUUAGUAAUAAUAUGUUAUUUAUACAAUAAAUAAAUUGAUGAUUUAUAAAAUAUAAAA